AUGGCGGCGCCCGGUCCCACAAAUAACAUCUCUAAUGCGAGACCGACGGGUCCGCCUCAAUCAAUGCAGAGCACCAAUGGCCCACCUCAAAUUAAGAGAGAACCCGGCCCAACAAUCAAUCAGGAACCGAACCAGCCCCCGCCUGGCUCUCAAUCUGUCGGGUUCUUCUCAGCGCGAGCUGCAGAUCUGCUCCGUGACAACCCCAACGCCGCGCCAAUUCCUGGAUCACAAUUCGAUCCUCAUGCAGAGAGCCCAUCUAUUCGCAAGACCGCUGGCAUAGACCACACCAAGACCGUCGCGGUGGUCAGAACGGGGAACGGCGUCUCGCCAGCGCCAGAUAAGGCGCGCCCGCGCGACUAUGUCAGCCCUGCACCGGACUUUCAGCGCCGAGUCGGUGGUCCAGGAGGCCCGACAGCCGGUCCCGGCAGCCCCUUAUCCAGAGGCCCAUCUGCUGGGUCCUUCCGACCGCUGACUCGACCCGGCAUCGACUCCAGGAACGCGCCUAACCCGGGCACGAUGAACAGAGGGGGCAGCGUACCGCCGCAAAACAUGAACGGCAAGCGUCCUCCCUUGAGCGAUGUUACCAAUGCCAAUGUUUCGCCUGGCACAAACCCCCCUGAACCCACUCCAGCUGGUCCAAAUGACCCGAAGCGACCCCGGGUGUCAGAUGGAGCACCUGGGCAACAACAGCCACCUCAAGCUCCACAGCAAUAA